AUGCCAAAGAUACGAUCAACAAAGACAACCACACCAUCCUCCUCAUUGUCGUUCUACUACCAUGAUUCGCCAGCAUGGCAGAUACUCGCGUGGUCAGAGGAUGUGGGGAUAUUGAAAUGGAUGUUGUAUAUUAUUGUACUGUUCUCUUUGUUUAUUAGGUGUUGUGUUGCCCUGUGGGGAUAUUCUGGAUAUAAUACACCUCCCAAAUAUGGUGACUAUGAAGCUCAGAGACAUUGGAUGGAAUUGACCUUACAUGUGCCUAUUGACCAGUGGUAUUAUUAUGAUCUUGAUUGGUGGGGAUUAGACUACCCACCACUAACUGCAUAUGUCAGCUGGAUAUGUGGGAAAAUCGGCUCAGCAAUUGAACCGAAGUGGUUUACAUUGGAUGAGUCUCGGGGACACGAGAGUCCAGAUAACAAAGUAUUUAUGAGAAUGACUGUUCUCAUAUCAGAAUAUAUUAUUUAUGUACCAGCAGUAUAUGUAUUUGUUAAAUGGUAUUAUAGGAAAUCAACACAGAAAGAACAGCUCCUCUAUUUCUUCUUGAUAGUAAUGCAGCCGUCACUAAUUCUGAUCGACCAUGGACACUUUCAAUACAAUUCAAUAAUGCUGGGACUCACCAUAUGGGCCAUCAAUUGCUAUUCUUAUGGAUACUAUGUAAUUGGAAGCAUAUUUUUCUGUCUCGCUUUGUGUUUCAAACAAAUGGCUUUAUAUUAUGCCCUUCCUGUGUUUUUCUAUUUAUUGGGAAUAUGCGCCAGAGACAAAAAAGUGGGAUUGAAUCUAUUUUUAAAACUGGGAAUUACUGUAAUAGUAACUCUAGGGAUACUGUUCUUCCCAUUUCUAAGCUCAAUAAGUGAUCUACAGCAAGCGAUGAUAAGAAUAUUUCCGUUGUAUCGAGGGCUAUGGGAAGACAAGGUGGCAAACUUCUGGUGCGCACUCAACAUUGUUGUUAAACUGCGAGAAAUUUUUCAAAUUCAUGUCUUGGCGAAAAUCAGUCUUCUGGCCACCCUUCUCUUCUCCUCAUUCCCUUCAUAUAUCACAUUCUGUCUCUCUUAUUACUCCCACCAACCGUCUCUCUCUCUCUACACUUUGUCAGCUGUAUCAAUGGCGUUUUUCCUAUUUUCGUUUCAAGUGCACGAAAAAUCGAUUCUUCUCCCACUGAUGCCGAUUACAUUAUUAAUUGGAGACGGAGAAUGGGAAAAAUCUAAGAUGGUCAUGUGGAUAAACAGUGUUGGAUUGUUCAGUUUAUACCCAUUGCUCAAAAAAGAUGAAUUGGCUAUUCCAUACUUUGUUUUAUUUAUUCUAUACAAUUGGUUCUUCUCUUCGUCGCUGUCGUCAACUCUAUUCCUUCAGUCCACUGCAUUCACAACCCUUUUCUCAUCCAAAUUGUCAGCCAUUGCCGCGGUACUCCCUCUGUCCACUUACAUGCCUAUUAUUCUUUUUCACAUGUUAGAACUAUUUCUUCCACCGCCACAGCGAUAUCCGGAUGUAUACGUUGUAGGGAAUGUCGUGUUUUGUGCGGGAUGGUUUGGUGUGAUAUAUUUAGGAUUAGUUAAAUGGCAUUUGGAAAGAUUGAGGCAAUUAGAGAGGGAAAGAGUGACCGAUACGAAGAAGGUAGAUUGA